UUUGCGGUUGAAUUUGAAUAAAAUAAGAAGUUGCUUUGGUAUCCCUGAAAACAAUUUAAAAACAAUUUCUGUUAAGAAGUGAUGUGAAUUUGUUGUAUGUAAUUUUAUUGUUGAUGCACUAGUAUAAUUGCUGAUAUGUCUGAGAGGAAGAGUAGAUUACCGGUGAAAGCAAAUAGAUUCACUCUAACACCAACAACAUCAAGGGAUGUCUCAAGUUCACGUGCAAGAAGUGUCUCAAGGGGUACUGUUUCAUCACUUAGCGCAUUCAUGAGAAACAAAUCACCAAACCCCAAAAAAAAGCUACCGUUGAAUGACAAAGAAUGGCAGAAGAGUACUUUGACUAAGAUCAGACGAUACUUGCAUGGAUUGGAUCCAGAAAUCAAGCUGACUCCACUCUCAACACCAAUGUUUAUUUAUGCGACCAAUCUUCUACUGAGAAGUAGAAUCGAUCCUAACAUAGAGUUGACCAAAGAGAAUUAUCAGACAGAAUUACCUAUCAUCUUGAACAUUGUUGAAUACCCAACCACUUUCUCUGCAGCCACUCUGAAGCAUCCCAACAUGCCACAUUCGUUGCCAGCAAUUUUAGCCAUGUGGCUUUUUCUAUUGGAUCUGGAAUCUGAUAAUGAUGUGAAGCCAGUUUUCGAUAAUUGCCCUCAAGCAAAAGUAUAUCUCGAUUUUUGCAUUAAUUCAUUGACUGAUCCAGAUUUACAAAUUGAAUCUGUAAAUGAUGAAUUGAAUCAAAUAUAUGGAAUAAAUGAAGAUCAGAUUUCUAUAACAAUGAAUGAAGUACAAAGAUUGAAGAAGGAGAAUGAAGUGAAACAACUGAAUAAUGAAGAAUUGUAUGAAAUGAGGAUGUCCAUGGAGGAUGAAGAGUGCAAAAUGCGAGAAAAACUGACGGAGCUUGAAAGCGUUACUUCUUGUUAUGACGAAGUCUUUCAAUCGCUCAAACAUACUGAGAAUGAUUUAGAUGAAGAUUUGAAGAAACUGAAUGAGAUCAAUAGUGAACUUAAAGAUAAGCUUGAAGCAAAUGGAUUAAACGAUUUGUCGGAUCUUCGAACGAAAAUUGCCGAGGAUCUCAACACUUUGGGAUUGUUGCAAGAGAAACGCGACUACAAUAUGAAUAAAAUCACUAAAUUGGAUAAAGACAACAUUGAAAUUAAGCGAGAAGUGGAAUCUUCAAUCUUCAAAAGUAACAACUAUAUACUAGAUUUGGGUUUGGAGCCGGAGGAGGUCAACGAAUUGAUGGCUCCGACUACAGGUUUUGGAAGACCCGAUAUUGUUGACGAUUUUAAAAACAUCUUAGGAAAAUGGACUAAACUCAUGCAACAUUCUGAAACGGAACGAAUCGAAAUUGCUAAAUUAGAUGUGGAGAAUAAUCAGAUGGAGUUGAAGUUUGCGAUGCGUCAAAGUUAUCUGAGAUUGCUCGACGAUAAAGAGAGCAAGAUUCAAGAGAAGAGUAAACUUAAAUUCGAGGUGAUGCAAGAGAAAAUUUUGGCAGCGGUUAACGAGUACGAAGGCAUCCAGAAAAGCAUGGAGGAAAUUAGUCUUUACAAAGAUAACGUACAAAAAGUUAAAUUAAAAUAUAAAGAAUUAGUUAAAAAAAACGAACUGCGUGUGAAAGAAUGCCAAGAAAAUUACAAUGAAUAUUCCGAAAUGAUAUUAGAUAAUAUAAAGGAAAUGAGUGAAGUUGUAAAGAGUUACACGAAACGAAUCCAAGGAGAUAAUGAUAAGGCUUUAAAAGAAUUUCAAGUAUUAACCGAAUAUUACAGAACGCAAAAUGUUGUUGUUAAUACUAAGAAUUAAACUAGGUAAUUGAAGAUUAUCGAAAUAUUUUAUUUUUGUGUACGAAUUUGUUAAAUAUAAUAAUAAAAAUUU